AUGUUCAUCACAUUGAGGAAAAAGAAGAAGCAAAUAUCUCCACCUGAAAGUAUACAAACUGAAACUAUGGAUACUGGCACCGUUGAAUCUUUGCAAUAUAACUUUAGUACAAUAAAAGCAGCAACAAAUGCCUUUUCGGAAGACAAUAUGCUCGGAAAAAACGGUUUUGGAGCAAUUUACAAGGGUAAGCUUGGAGAUGGACUAGAAAUUGCAGUAAAGAGGCUAGCAAGGGAUUCUAGGCAAAGUGACAUACAAUUCAAGAAUGAGGUUUUGCUUGUCGCCAAACUUCAACAUCGUAAUUUAGUCGGGCUGCUUGGUUUCAGCUUAGAAGGCAAUGAACGUCUUCUCAUCUACGAGUUCUUGCCAAAUACAAGUCUUGAUCAGUUUCUAUUUGAUCCAACUAAGCAUACAAUUCUUGAUUGGGAUAAGCGAUACAAGAUUAUCAAAGGGGUGGCCAAUGGACUAUUAUACCUUCACGAGGACUCGUGUCUAAGGAUAAUUCAUCGUGAUUUGAAAGCCAGUAAUAUCUUAUUAGAUGCUGAAAUGAAUCCUAGAAUUGCAGAUUUUGGAAUGGCCACAGUGUUCGACCCUGAGGAAUCUCAAGGUGACACAAAUCGGAUUGUAGGAACCUAUGGUUAUAUGGCACCAGAAUAUGCAACGCACGGCGAAUUUUCAGUAAAAUCGGAUGUAUUUAGUUUUGGAGUUUUAGUGUUGGAACUAGUAACAGGUCAAAAAAACCAAUGUUUUCAAAAUGGAGAGGGCACCGAAGACCUUCGUAGCUAUGCAUGGAAAUGUUGGCGAAAUGGGACUGCGAAAAACAUUAUAGAUCCUACAUUAAUGACCGGAUCUGCUUUGCGUGAUAUCUCUAGAAGUAUCCACAUUGGGUUAUUAUGCGUUCAAGAAACUGCUUAUGACAGGCCAACCAUGGGUGCUGUUGUUCUUAUGCUUAAUGGUUUCUCUCUCACACUUCCAGUACCAUCAAAGCCUGCAUUUUUCAUGCGUAGUACCAUUGAUCCUCAAUUUCCACUCCUUCAAAAGUACAGUGCUUCAACUGCGAGCAACAGUUUAGAAAAAAUUAAAAUAUCAAAAUCAAGAUCACCCCAAAUUUCGGUAAAUGAUAUCUCAUUAUCUGAGAUAGUUCCUAGAUAG